UUUAAAAAUCCAACCUAGAAUUAAGAAGAAAUUGUCAGUGAGAACAAUUGAUCAGUGGAACAAAUUGCCUCUGCAAUCUGUGGUUGUUCCAUCAGUGGAGGCUUUUAAGAGGAGACUGGAGAGCCAUUUGACUGGGAUGAUAUAGGUUCUCCUGCUUGGAGAGUUGGUCCCUUCCAUCUCUUUCUCUGUAAUUCUGUAAGAACUUCAUGAACAUUUAGGGCUCAGCAUGUAGCUGAUCUUCAGAAGCUUAAGUAGCUUCACAUUUCACUCUUUUACUUGGCUCGGUUGCAAAGAUAGGUUGCUGGGAGUCUAAAACAACUUGAUAGCAUAUAAUCAGUGACAACAUCUUGCAAACGCCUUAGGCAGAGACGGGACAAGCGUGUUUUUUCGCCUCCUGUCAGGAGAUGGCGGUCACUUCUGUGCCUACAAAGCCGUCAAUAGAGUAGCUGCAUCUGUGGUUGAUCCUUAAAGGAGUUAAAACCAUCAAGUACUGUAUUGCUAGAAAGGAUUGAGGAAGAAGAAAAGCCCAGAGUAACUUCCUGUACCGGAUCCCUCAUGGGUGGAAGGUGGCUUGCAGAGCGGCUUUUGUGCUCUUCCAAAAGUUGAAGCAUCAGCUGGAAGACAAAGAUGAUGCCAACAUAAGCACACUGGACAACUGAGAAUAACAAGGAACACUGAAAAGCAAAGCAAAUUGAAGCAGAAAUAAAAAUAUGUUCUGUUUCCUUCAGAAAGCUGCAGAAUUCAACUACUUCAUCAGCAGGAAAGAGACAGAAAAGAGAAAAUCAUGAAGAGAUUUGCAGCUGGAAAAAGUAGAUUAUAUAGAAUUUAAGAAUACGUUACUUGAAAAGGUCAAAGGAGAUCAUUUUUCCGUUCAGAAAAAGGGGGAAAUAUCUGGAAGCCAGUGGGGAAGAAAAUGUCAAUUGGAUAGUAACAUAUGGCAGCCAGUAAUGCAGGCACCAACAAAAUAAGGAAUCACACAUAUUUUUGACCUCCUCAAGAAUGUCAGUGAUGGAAAAGCUCCAUAGAUGUGCCUAUUGUGGGAAAAGUAAAGAGUUCAAAUCACAAGAGGAUCCACACUGAACAAAAGCCAUAUAAAUACUCUGAAUGUGGCAAAACUUUAGUCAGAAUAGCUCCCUUGCGAUUCAUAGAAGGAUCCUCAUAGUAGAGAUGCCCUACAACUGCUCCCAAUGUGGUAAAUGCUUUUGCAAGCAUGGCAACUUUGUGAUACAUCAGAGGAUUCAUACCAGGGAGAAACCAUAUGAGUGUCCAGAUUGUGGGAAAAGUUUCACAACAAAUUCCCACCUGGUGAUACACCAGAGGACUCACACAGGAGAGAAACCCUUUGAAUGUCCUGAGUGUGGGAAAAGUUUCAGUCAGAAUUCCCACCUAGUGAUACACCAGAGGAUUCACACAGGAGAGAAACCCUUUGAAUGUCCUGAUUGUGGGAAAAGUUUUCGUAAGAAUUCCCACCUAGUGAUACACCAGAGGACUCACACAGGAGAGAAACCCUUUACAUGUCCUGAUUGUGGGAGAAGUUUCAGUCGGAAUUCCCACCUAGUGAUACACCAGAGGACUCACACAGGAGAGAAACCCUUUGAAUGUCCUGAUUGUGGGAAAAGUUUCAGUCAGAAUUCCCACCUAGUGAUACACCAGAGGACUCACACAAGAGAGAAACCCUUUGAAUGUCCUGAUUGUGGGAAAAGUUUCAGUCAGAAAUCCUCCUUGGUGACACACCAGAGGACUCACACAGGAGAGAAACCCUUUGAAUGUCCUGUUUGUGGGAAAAAUUUCAGUCAGAAUUCCCACCUCAUUAUCCACCAGAGGACUCACACAGGCGAAAAACCCUUUGAAUGUCCUGAUUGUGGGGAAAGUUUCAUUGCAAAUUCCCAUCUGGUGAUAAACCAGAGCUCUCACACAGAAGAGAAACCCUUCAAAUGUCCUAAAAAACCUUUUCAAUAUCCUGAAAAACCUUUUCAAUGUCCACAUUGUGGGAAAAAUUUCAGUCUCAAUUCCAGCCUGGAGAACCACCAGAGGACUCACCCAGGAAAGAAACCGUUUGAGUGUCCAGAUUGUGGGAAACAUUUCCGUUACCAUUUUAACCUGAUGAACCACCAGAGGAUUCACACAAGGGACAAACCGUACAAGUGUCCAGAGUGUGUGAAAUGUUUCAGUCAGAAAUCCUCUUUGGUGACACACCAGAGAACUCACACAGGAAAAAAACCUUUUGAAUGUCCUGAUUGUGGGAAAAACUUCAGUCUCAAUUCCUGUCUGGUGAAACACCAAAAGACUCACACAGGAGACAAACCACACAAGUGUCCAGAUUGUGGGAAAAGUUUCAGUUACCGUUCUAACCUGGUGAGCCACCAGAGGACUCACACAGGAGAGAAACCAUAUGAGUGUCCAGAUUGUGGGAAAAAUUUCAGUCAGAACUGCAAUCUGGUGAGCCACCAGAGGACUCACACAGGAGAGAAACCAUAUGAGUGUUCAGAUUGUGGGAAAAGUUUCAAUCAGAAUUCCUACCUGGUGAAACACCAGAGGACUCACAUAGGAAUGAAACCCUUUGAAUGUCCUGAUUGUGGGAAAUGUUUCAGUCAGAAUUCCUACCUGGUGAUACACCAGAGAAUUCACACAGGAGUGAAACCCUUUGAAUGUCCUGAGUGUGGGAAAUGUUUCAGUCAGAAUUACUACCUGUUGAUACACCAGAGGAUUCACACAGGAGAGAAACCCUUUGAAUGUCCUGAGUGUGGGAAAAGCUUCAGUCACAAUUCCAGCCUGGUGAUCCAUCAGAGCACUCACACAGGAGAGAAACCCUUUGAAUGUCCUGAGUGUGGGAAAAGUUUCAGUCACAAUUCCAGCCUGGUGAACCACCAGAGGACUCACACAGGAGAGAAACCCUUUGAAUGUCCUGAUUGUGGGAGAAGUUUCAGUCGGAAUUCCCACCUGGUGAACCACCAGAGGACUCACACAGGAGAGAAACCCUUUGAAUGUAAUGAUUGUGGGAGAAGUUUCAGUCGGCAUUCCCAUUUGGUGGGCCACCAGAGGAGUCACACAGGAGAAAAACCUUUUGAAUGUCCUGAUUGUGGGAAAAGUUUCACUUGCUCUAGUGCAUUUAUUACACACCAGAGGACUCACACAGGGGAGAAGCCCUUUGAAUGUCCUGAGUGUGGGAAAAGUUUCAAUCAUAAAUCCAGCCUGGUGAACCACCAGAGGACUCACACAGGGGAGAAACCCUUUGAAUGUCCUGAUUGUGGGAAAGGUUUCAGUGACAAUUCCAGCCUGGUGAAACACCAGAGGACUCACACAGGGGAGAAGCCCUUUGAAUGUCCUGAUUGCGGGAAAAGUUUCAGUGAGAAUUCCAGCCUAGUGAAACACCAGAGGACUCACACAGGAGAGAAACCCUUUGAAUGUUCUGAUUGUGGGAAAAGUUUCAGUUGGAAUUCCAGCCUGGUGAACCAUCAGAGGACUCACACAGGGGAGAAACCCUUUGAAUGUCCUGAUUGUGGGAAAAACUUCAGUCUCAGUUCCUCUCUGGUGAAACACCAAAAGACUCACACAGGAGACAAACCACACAAGUGUGCAGAUUGUGGGAAAGGUUUCAGUUACCGUUCUGACCUGGUGAUCCACCAGAGGACUCACACAGGAGAGAAACCCUUUGAAUGUCCAGAUUGUGGGAAAAAUUUCAGUCACAACUGCCAUCUGGUGAUCCACCAGAGGACUCACACAGGAGAGAAACCAUAUGAGUGUCCAGAUUGUGGGAAAAGUUUUAGUUACAAUUCCAGCCUGGUGAAACACCAGAGAAUUCACACAGGAGUGAAACCCUUUGAAUGUCCUGAGUGUGGGAAAUGUUUCAUUCAGAAUGCCAGCCUGGUGAUACACCAGAGGACUCACACAGGAGAGAAACCCUUUGAAUGUCCUGAGUGUGGGAAAGGUUUCAGUCACAAUUCCAGCCUGGUGAUACACCAGAGGACUCACACAGGAGAGAAACCCUUCGAAUGUCCUGAUUGUGGGAAAGGUUUUAGUGUCAAUUCCAGCCUGCUGAUACACCAGAGAACUCACACAGGAGAAAAACCUUUUGAAUGUCCUGAAUGUGGGAAAAACUUCAGUCUCAAUUCCAGUCUGGUGAAACAUCAAAAGACACACACAGGAGAGAAACCACGCAAGUGUCCAGAUUGUGGGAAAUGUUUCAGUUACCGUUCUUCCUUGAUGAACCACCAGAGGACUCAACACAGGAGAGAAACCAUAUGAGUGUCCAGACCAGCAGAGUCAAACAAUUUGAUUGAGGGCCACAUCAGGAUUGUGGUUGAUCUUGUGGGUGAGCAUGGUGGGGUGAUGUCACAUGGCCAGCUCGACAUCUCUUGUGUCGUGGGGCGCCUGUGGUGGCCUAGGCAGGUCUGGGGGGAUCCAUUGUCUCCAGCAGAGGAAGGCGAGACAAUGCUAAGCACCAAAAACCUUGUUCUCCUCAUCCCUCUCAGGCCACGCAAAGGACCCCUGGCAGCAGUACAGGCUGCCCAGAGUCCUAAGAGCAUAAGCGCCCAGUCUGGCCCUCAAGCUCCCGUUGCACAGCCCAGCCCUGCUUCCCCCAGUGGGUGCCCGGCUGUGCUUACCUCCUCCUCAAGGCUGCUGCUAUGCUCGCUGUCCUUGGGCACGUUGCUCAUGGUGUAUGCAGGAGGGCAAAGUGUGUGUGUCAGAGGGAGGGCCACUCCUUCUCCAUGCGAGGAGCCCCAACCAGGAGAGUCAGGAGGAGGGGACAAGGGGAUAGCGAAAGGGCAGAAGGGCAGCUGGUGACCAAGUGCUAAGGUAGGACUUUCCUCAGAAUCUGACUCCCUCUUAUUAUAAUCCUUCCUUCCUUCCUUCCU